CAAUGCCAUAGUAAGCACCACUGGUUUUUAUUUUGGUUUAUUAUUCUGACUUCUUCCUAAAUAAAACGUGUAAAUAAGGGUAAUAGUCGUAAAUAAAUCAGAAUGCCCACUGAAAUCGAGAAUAUAAACCCUAAUGUCUAUGACAAGAUUAAGGAAAGAGUGUUGACGGCCAAUGAAGAAGAUGAAAAUGUGCCUGAUCCCUUUGACAAGCGAGAGAUUUUUGAUCUCAUAAGAAAUAUCAACGAUCCGGAGCAUCCGUUGACCCUGGAGGAACUGCACGUGGUACAGGAGGAUCUUAUCCAGAUCAGCGAUGGCCAGAAUUCCGUGCACAUCAGUUUCACCCCUACUAUUCCUCAUUGUUCUAUGGCCACUUUGAUUGGCCUUUCCAUUCGGGUGAAGUUGCUCCGAUCGCUGCCUCCCCGUUUCAAGGUCACCGUGGAGAUAACACCUGGAACUCAUGCCUCCGAAUUUGCUGUAAAUAAGCAACUGGCGGAUAAGGAACGUGUGGCCGCCGCACUGGAGAACAAACACCUCGCCGAAGUGAUCAACCAAUGCAUCUCCGCCAGGGGUUGAAUAAUUUUCUAUAUCCCUCCUCAUAAUAUAUAUCAAUAUAUAUAUGCUGUUGAUUUAGUAAUUAUAGUAAUGAUUUAAUACACAUAGUUUUCUGCUCA